UUAAAAGAAGAAAUCAUCAUUCAGUCACAGGCUUUUGCCCUAAAUCAUGAGCAAAACCAAACCAAACUGAGAAAAAACCAAGGAACGGGAGUGAAACACUCAGAGAACUAAUCCAGCACAAUUCCAAUAAGGCCCAGAUCCACUAGUCCCGUGGCAGGGAUGGAUUUCACAGAAGCCUAUUCCGACCGCUGCUCAGCCGUGGGCCUUGCAGCCCGAGAGGGCAACGUGGAAAUCCUGCGGGAAUUGAUCAGUCGUGGCUACAGCGUCGAUGUCCCCGAUAACAGGAGGUGGCUGCCCAUCCACGAGGCAGCAGCUCACAAUUCCACUGAGUGCCUGAAGCUGCUCAUUGACACAGCUCCAGCUGAGGACUACAUCCACUCGAGGACGUUUGAAGGGCUGUGUGCUCUGCACCUCUCGGCCCGUCACGGCUCUCUGGAAUGUCUGCGGGUUCUCCUGGAAGCUGGGGCAGUCCUCGACAACGCCGUCACCGGAUCCGCCAGCACCCCGCUCUUCCUAGCUGUUGAAAAUAGACACCCAGAGGUUGUGGAAUUUCUGCUCCAACACGGAGCAAAUGUUGAAGGUCCUCAUUCUUGGUCUGGAUGGAAUUCUUUGCACCAAGCUUCCUUUCAGGGUUCCACUGACAUCAUGCAAAUGCUCCUGGAGAAAGGGGCCAGCAAGGACUGUCGGGAUGACUUUGAAAUUACCCCCCUGUUUGUGGCUGCUCAGUAUGGCAAACCGGAGAGUCUGCAGCUGCUGCUGUCCCACGGUGCAGAUGUCAACUGCCAGGCCAAGGACAGGGCCACCCCCCUGCUGAUUGCUGCGCAGGAGGGACACCUGGACUGUGUGAAGCUGCUGCUGGCUGCAGGGGCAGACCCAAACCUCUACUGCAACGAGGAUAAGUGGCAGCUACCCAUUCAUGCAGCAGCUGAGAUGGGCCAUGCAAAGAUCCUGGAGCUGCUGAUCCCCGUCACUGAGCGGGUCUGUGACAGGGGCGAGGGCAAGGUGAGCCCGGUGUACUCGGCGCUGUACGGCGGGCACGGGGAGUGCCUGGAGAUGCUGCUCCGACAGGGCUUCAGCCCCGAUGCUCAGGAGUGCCUGGACUUCGACUGCAGGUCCCCCAUGUGCAUGGUCUUCCAAAAGCAGUAUUAUCAGUUCAUCGAUGUCCUGCUGAAAUACGGGAUCACCCUGCGUGGGAUUAACUUGGCACACUGCCUGUGCCAUAAGAAGUUUGCCGUGUUCCGGCGCUUCCUGAGGCUGGGCUGUUCCCUGCCCUCGGGGGAGGAAUUAAAAGACUUCAUCCACUACAGCAGCACGGUGCACAAGGAGUACAAGGAAUGGCUGCCCUGCCUGCUCCUGGCUGGCUUCAACCCCGUGAAUUUCAUGUGCAAGUUUUGGAUUUUCUCCAUGAGUGAGGAUGUCCUCAAUUUCAUCCUGGAGUUCGUGAAUUGGAGCAGACUUCCUCCAAUUGUGGAGCAACACUUUUCCCAAUACAAGGAGAAGUUCACUUGGAAUUCCAAGAGCCGUUUUGCCUCGCUCCCUCCCCUGUCGCACCUGUGCCGCCUGCGGAUCCGGUCCCUGCUGGGGAGCGAGCGGCUGCGCUCGGAGCGCGCCGUGCGGGAGCUGCCGCUGCCCGCCUGCCUGCAGGACUACCUGCUCUACCUGGAUGUGCUGAGAGCCAGCUCUGUGCCACCCCUGCAGGAUUCCCUGGAGCAGGGAGCUCCUUCAGCUCAGCCCAAGGCUUUGGAAGAGGGAAUCCAGUAACGCCAGUGCCCGUGGCCGGACUCCACAGCUGCAGGGUUUGUAAUGGGAAUCAGGAGGCACGGGAGGAGAGCUGUUGGAAUCAUUCUUUGUAGUUUUAUACUACAUCUAGAAAGUUCCUGUGAGUUCUAUGAUUUACUUGUUUCAAAUCUGUUGUAAGCUUUCCAAGCCAGCGUUUUCUGGUUCUUUUCUAACUCUUGGGGAGUAAAACGAGCUUGUUCAGUGAA